AUGGAACGGACGUGGAAGGAGAUAAAUGAAACAAUUGUUAGUGAAAAUGAUUUAAUAUCUUUGACAAAGUCUCACAAAGUCAGUGUCUAUCGUAGAGAAAAUUUUAAAAAUUAUGAAUCAAUAACAUAUAGAUGUUCACAAUAUCGAACUUUUACCAAAUGUCAAUAUCAAUUAAAAGCAAAAAUCUAUCAUGAUGGUACUUAUCAAAUUUUUUAUUCUCAACAUCAUGAACAUUUCAAGCAAUGGUUAGGAUCUGCACGACUCUUAAAUUAUUCAAACAUGUUACCUCCAAUCUUCUGUUCUUGUAAAUAUGGUCUUAAAGAAUAUUCAUGUAUUCAUACAAUAGGUCUUAUGAUGAUUUGGGGUGUUCGACCAAUUCCACAAUUAAUUGGAAAAAGAAAUCCCAAAGGUAGAAGAAAAAAAGUAAAAUAUGCUUUGUCCAAGGACUGA